AUGUCAAGUUUUAUGUGCUUGUACUUAUUUCAAUCAUAUGUGGAUAAAAAGUCCCGAAGAGGUAAAUUUAAAAGUGCAAAUUUUUAUAAUAUUACGUGUUAGUGUAUUCUUAAUAUAUUAUCUAUAUAAGUAGAAACAAGCACUGGUGCUCCAGAAUACAAGCACUAAUCGUUUGAAGAUGUAAACUGCUAAACAGUCGAAAAGAAAACUGUGAAGAUAUUUCCAAAUCCGUCAGUUGCACCUGAAACAAUUGAACAAAUUUAGAAAAUAAUCAAUACCUCGGCGGAACCAUCUGUGAGCCUGUUAUCGCGUGUGAUAAAUAUAAAAUUGGAGUAAUUAAAUUCCAACUUAUGACAGCUAGUGAGUUAUCAAUAUUUCCAUUGUUGAGAGGAAAUUAAAAUUCAUUCCCAAAUCUCGAAGAAACAAAUAACCAAAAGUUUGAGUCGUUGUUGUUACGGUUGUGCGUCAUCAAUACCGUCAAGGCUCCUGCAAGUAUCGCAGUGCAACAUCAUCGUACCGCUAAUCGACAGGGCAACAUUCGAUGAGAUAGAACCACGAAUGGCGGUGUCGUUGUUGGCAAAUUUAUGCAAUAGUGGAUUAGAACAGCUUUGUCAAACACCGGAACCGUUAAAGUUUUAUUAUCACACCAACGGGCACUACAAUCACCAUCAUCAUCAAAGUAGCGGGCGCGAUCAGUGUGGCAAGGAAGAACAAAUGGAAUACGCGAACUCCUUCUAUCAUAGUCAGCAGCAGCCGCAACAUCAGCAGCAGCAGCCACAUCAACAACAGCAACAGCAGCAAGAUCAACAACCGCAACAUACGAAUCAACAGCAAAAUCAGCAGGAUUUUGAAGAGAUUUCUCAAAACUACAACCUCGACAACGACGAUACCUACAGUGGUUCGCCAAAUAAUUUCCAGGACUAUCGAAAUAAUUUCGUGGAUUCUCCUCCGGACUCCAAGGAGUCCUGGCCAGUCGAGUACAGCAAAAUGCAGACUGGGCUUGCAUCGAGCAGUGGCACCAAUACGAGUGCAACAACCACUGUAGUGGCGGUGGCAGCGGCAGCAGCGGCUGCAGCUGCCGCAGCCGCCCAGCAGGAUGUUUCCUACAAUGUUGUCAUGCCUAAUCGAAAGCGGCGCCUUGAAUGGAUGUCCACCCAUCAGGAUGACGAUAACAAUGGAUCUGAGACGAAGAUCGCAAAUACAGAGAAAGAUCGUGACGUUAGACGCAAAGGUUCAAUGCGCUGGCCCGAAGAGUUAGACCUAGACUUAAGUAACGAACUUUCAAAUAAUGGAUAUAUCAGUGACUCAUUGCUGAACUUCCCAGUCUUCAAACAAGAAAUACCUUCUCCACCCCAGAAACUUGGCCAUGAAGUGAUAAAAAGUACUAAAAGUAUUCAAGGCUCAAGUUCACAACCACAGCAACAACAGCAACCACAACACCACCAACAACAUUCACAACAACAUCCGUCUCAUCAUCAGCAUCACCAGCAUCAGUUGCAAAAUUCAGACCAGCUACAAUCACAGCAACAACAGCAACAAGAACAACAUCACAGCCAAGGAGAUCCGCAGCAAAGCUUGAGCAGCAACAACAAUGGGGUGCAACAGCCAGUGGUUGGUAAUGAACAGGAACUGGUGCCAGGAAUGGCCGGUAAUGGGACGGGUAAUAUUGGCAAUAUGAGUGGAUUGCAGAACUUUAUGCACAACAGCCGAUAUGAUAGUACAGGAAAUCUCGCACAAUCAAAUGAGAACAUACCUCGAUCGGAAUCGUUCCAUGAUGAUAACAGUGAUGUACCAUUUCUACGGUUCUGUAGGUUCCAGUACGUCCUGGCAGCGGCUACCUCUAUUGCCACCAAGAACAAUGAAGAAUCUCUCACCUACCUGAAUCAGGGACAGAGCUACGAGAUUAAGUUAAAGAAACUGGGUGAUCUGUCGCCUUUCAGGGGGAAGAUAUUGAAGAGCGUCAUCAAGAUUUGCUUCCACGAGCGACGCCUACAGUACAUGGAACGCGAACAGAUGCAACUGUGGCAGGCGUCGCGACCCGGGGAAAGAAUUUUAGAUGUUGAUAUUCCACUUUCGUAUGGAUUGAUUCAGGUGCAACCGAAUAAUAGCAGUCUUCUGAAUACGAUUGAGGUUUUCUGGGACCCUAUGAAGGAGGUCGGCGUGUACAUCAAGGUGAAUUGUAUCUCAACCGAGUUUACGCCGAAGAAGCACGGUGGCGAAAAAGGAGUUCCAUUUCGCAUACAGGUGGAAACCUUCCUAGACAGUUCGGUGAACGACAGUAGUGGCACCGGUUCAAAUGGUAUGGACAGCACGGCGCGGCCACUGCACGCGGCAGCGUGUCAAAUUAAGGUUUUCAAACUGAAAGGAGCUGACCGAAAGCAUAAGCAGGACCGAGAAAAGAUCUUGAAGCGGCCGACUGCCGAACAGGAAAAGUUCCAACGGAGUUGUGAGUGCACAAUUUUGUCCGAUAUCACGACGGAAUCGAUGAUAACUCCACUUGUCGGUGGAUUCAGUCCGGAGAAUAUCAAGCGCAAUAUAUCACCGCUUCUGGGAGCACCAACUUCGCCGGUACAUAUUAACAAAUUUGAAAACAUCAUGUCCUCGUUCUGUAAUGGGCCGGUUAAUUCGGCGAGCAAGCAGGCAGCAAUGGUCGCUGCAGUGGCAGCAGCUGUCAGUAGUAAUCCUAUCGCGAUUGGCAACGUAUCUUCUACCAAUGGCCUUUGUAAGUUGAUGGAUCAGAAUGUGCUUUCUCCACCGCAGGCCAGCAUCGAUUUGGAUGAUUACGUGCCAAACAUUUCGAAGGAUUCCAAUCCGAUAGCGUUGGCUCAGUGGUUGAGCUAUCAUCGGUUGGGCACGUAUGCGAAAACCUUUUCGCAGUUCUCGGGGUCCGAUUUGUUGAGAAUGUCAAAGGAUGAUUUGUGUAAAAUAUGCGGCCUAGCCGAUGGCAUACGCAUGUUCAACAUCCUCCAUUCAAAGGCAAUCACCCCUCGACUCACACUCUACGUAUGCUUCGAGGGCAGCACGUAUCACGCCGUCUACCUACACUCCAACACAAUACCAGAGUUGGUACAGAAUUUGCAGAAAAUUCCCGGAUUCCUCGAUGCCGUACAUUGUUCCAACUCUUCCGAAAAUUGCAACCCGUGGGCUUCUAACUACCAGCGUGCCUUGAAAAAUGCCGUCAAUGGAGCCUCCGGUGUAAACAAAUAUUCAAAUGUUUCCACAACUGACGUCCACACGUCAGUUCCAUCACCUUCCUCUCCGAUUUCUUCGUCGUCACUUCCUCCAAGGCCAAACCUGUUGAUCAACGGGCCGAAUGGAGUCAAUGUCCUGUUAACCGAAGACGUACUAAACAAUAUCCGAGAUGAGAGUUUGUUCCAACUCGAAGUGAAACCAAACGGAAACGUUCUUAUGAAGGCGGUUCCAGCUGCAGGCAGCGUUACUCCUGGAAGUACGGGAGAGAAUGAAAUGAAUUGAAAGAUUUUUGUGAAAUGCUCAACCGUUCUCUCUUGCAGAUGGAUGUUUUUAUGAAUCGUACUUUAUUUUACUAGUAACUGUUACCAUUUGUUGUUUGAUGUUCGGUGUUGGAUAUACUUUUUUGCUAAGAAUAUUUUACGAGAAUCCAUAUGAUGGAUUAAGUUAAACAUACUUCGUUAUAUAAAUUUUAAAGUGUUAAAUGUUCAAGAUUAUAUAAAUCCACUCUUAUUGUUUCAUCUGCAGCCUUUGAUAACUGCGUGCUGAAUAGUCUAAUAAAAAGCAUUCAUUGGAGGUUUAGACAUAUGAAAAAUGUUUAUUCAACCGGACGAAACGCACAUAUUCAAAAACGAUCAAAAGUAGGUGGUUCAACUGAAACUAUAGUUGCAUUUUGAUGCGGAACCGGAUAAAUCAGGCUUCUUUGCGCUCAGUUUUUAUAAAGCUGGUAUUUUUUUUUAUUUCAAUUCUGGAAAGGUCUCUCAACAACCUCCAAAAUCAUUACGAGCACGAGAGGCCGGGAUUCGCAUUAGAAUGGUAUAAUUAAAAUAAAAAAAAAUCGUUGUAAAGUAAACUUCUCAUUUCCAAUUAUAAGUUGGCCGCAAACUUUCUCAUUGAGACAAACACAAUAAUUGGGUUUUGAAAACCUAACUCUACCUUCCCCACAACAAUCAGGUAUUGUAGCCAUAUAAAACAAUGUUGCAUUUGUGAUGCAAGAAGAGAACGUGCCGUGUUAAUCAGGUUAAUCAUAGCCAUAGGAGAUUUUUUACUAGUACAAAUAAAAACUGGACCUUUUCUUGUAAGUAAGGCGCAUGCAGCACUGCUGUGAAACUGUAUGAUGUGAAAAAAAAUCAAUGCUCCUUAAUCGCCGGAACAUAAAUGUGCCUUACCAAUGUAGCUGUGAAUACAGAGUAACGGAAUCAUCACAUUUUAGAGCAAUUGUGCACAUAACAAAAGUUUAAAUAAAAUACACAAAAUAUAUACAAAAACAAACCAGAAACAACUUGCAGUUUGCAGUUUGAGAUGUGGAAUUUGUUACUAUAGUGAAAACUCAUACCGGUUCUUCGUAAUGUUGCAUGUGAUUAUCAUUAUUAACUUUUUCUCUCCGAACUCAAAGGCCUCGUGCUUCGGGAAAAAGAAAUGUGACACAAGGCGCGGCCGUAGCAGGACCAAUUUUAUGACGCUACGGGUUUUGUUUUUUUUUUUCGUUUUACCUUCAAAUAAAAUACACUAUAUUUUCUACAUCUAGGAUCUUUAGAUGAAAUGUAUGUUAUCUCAAAUAAAGUUGUAGUUAGUUGUGA